AGAACGUUCUGUCUGAAUAACGGUGAGAAUUUGAAAGAGGAAUAAAAUAAAAUUUUGAGGGAAAUGCCUGUAAUAAAAUUGAAACAUAUUGUCUCAUUUUCCAGUGAAGAUCCGAAUCAUCCUGCUGAUAACUUGUUAAAAUCUGAGACUUAUCGCAAAUGGCAAUGUGUUGAUCCAGCAGAGAAGCAAGCAUCAGUAAUAAUUGAGUUGGAGAAGGCAUCUAAGAUCAAUUCAUUGGAUAUUGGAAAUAAUGGUUCAGCUUUUGUGGAGGUUUUAGUUGGUAGAGCUUCACUGAAUGACUAUCAGGUACUGCUUGUUGCAUCGUCUUUCAUGAGUCCCGCUGAAAGUAAGUCUGGAACAAACAACAAUAGAGUAAGAAUAUUUGGCCCGGAGAAAUUGUCCAAAACAGUAGCAGAGCAGAAAUGGGAUAGAAUCAAACUAGUGUGCACACAGCCAUAUAGUAAGACAUCUUGUUACGGUCUAUCAUUCGUAAAUUUCCAUACACUAGAAAGUGAUGAGAAAAUUGAAACACAAGAGAAGACUAAAACAAAAUUAGGAGCAUUUUUUUUAAAAGAUGAAACCGAAGAUACAAUAACUUCAGGAAGCUUGUUUGCAAAGAGAAAAGAGAAAACUGAAAGAACAUCCUCCCAAGUAAAAUCAACGGCUGCUGAGUUACGAGAAGCUUCGAAGCAUGCUGUUGUUGUGGCAACAACGUCGUCAGCAAAAUUCGAUGUAAAACCUGAAAACUCUGACAAAAAGAAGGCGGCAGAAAUAGUAAGGGAAUUUGGUCUCAUUCAAUUGUUUUUUAUUUACCCAUUAAAACGAAACGUGAAUACAAUUACUUCUCCCAAACAUGCGGAUAUCCCAAAGUUGUCUAGUAAAGAAAAAGUUGAACCUCCUGUUAAGAAGGCUAAAUUGGCAAAAACGCAAGAAAGCCAGAAACGCGAAAUCGCAACGAACCAAAUUUUGAAAGAUGUUAUCUUUGUGCUCAGCGGUUUUAAGAAUCCUGAACGUAGUAAUUUCCGAGAUAAAGCAAUGUCAAUGGGUGCGCGCUAUCGAGGAGACUGGGAUAAAGCUUGUACUCAUUUAAUAUGUGCUUUUAUUAACACACCAAAGUACUCUCAGGUGAAAGCAACAGGAAAGGGCAAAAUAGUUUCACAAAAAUGGGUGCAUGAAUGCCUCAAUAAAAGGAAACGACUUCCAGAAAAGAGAUACAAACUACAUGGUGAUGAUGAUAGCGAUGAUGAUAGUACAGAGGAGGAAGUUGAAAUACCAGAACAAGAGGAUCAUUCAGAUAAAGCUCGUCCUACUAUUUCAAACUGCACCGAACAAAAAGCUUCAUCGUCUCAUCGACAAGAUGAGAUGACAACUCAGAAGAAGGAAGAGUCAAUUUUACCCAAUGCAGAUUCAAAUGCACCACCAGUGGCAAGUAUUGAAAACAAAGUAAACAACAUGGACAACCCUGAAGAGAGCUUGGACUCCGAAGAUAAAACUCAGAUCAUUGACGAUGAAAUAUUAGACAGUGAUUAUGAUACAGAAGACGAAAUAGCAAGAAUAAGUAAAGACGAAACAGAUCCUUAUAACUGCUCAACUGAAUGCGAGAGUGAUGAUGAUGAUGAUGAUUCUAAGAAAUUGAAUCGGAAGUUAAAGGAUAAAACAACACCUCCAAAGUCACCAAAGUUGGAUUUGCUUAAUCUACCAGACUUCUUCUCAAAGAUGACUUUUUUUCUCCAUGGGGAGUUUGAUUCGGACGAAAGAAGAAUUCUUGUUCGCUAUAUAACUGCUUAUGAUGGUGAACUGGAGGAAUACAUGAGUGAAAAUGUUAAAUAUGUGAUUACGAAUGAGGACUGGGAUGACAAUUUUGAUGAGGCUCUGGUUGACAACAGUUCGCUCACUUUCGUGAGACCCAAGUGGAUAUUUUCAUGUCACGAUAAACGAUCAUUUGUUCCUUUUCAACCGUAUAUAGUUGUUCCGCAUUAUGCAUAGUGAGGUAUAAUUAUACGCUAUCUUGUACAUAUACUUAAUUCUUAUGUAUAUAGAGUAUAUAUUUCAGUUAUUAAAUACCUGUCGAAAGAAAAA